AUGGCAGGAGCUGAAAAUUCGGAGUGGCCAGGAAUACCUGAAGAUGUCGGCUCGCGCACGCUACCCGUCCGCGACCUAGACGUGCACUUCUUCGAGGCUGGCAAGCCCACCGAUCCCCUCAUCCUCCUCCUGCACGGCUUCCCCGAGAUCGCGUACUCCUGGCGCAAGGUGAUCCUCCCCCUCUCCCGCGCCGGCCUCGGCUACCACGUCGUCGCCCCCGACCUCCGCGGAUUCGGGCGCACGAAGCCGCACGACCCCACCGCCCCAGGCGCCACGCACCCGCUCACCUUCGAGGACGACGUAACCCCCUACAAGGCGCUCAACCUCGUCGAAGAUGUCGUCGCGCUCGUCUCCGCGCUCGGACACGACUCCAUCGCCUGCCUCAUCGGCCACGACGCCGGAUCGACUAUCACCGGGUUCGCCGCGCUCGCCCACCCCGAGCUCGUCAAGUCCAUUGUCUUCGCGAGCACGCCCUUCACGGGGGCGCCCGCGCAGCCCGGCGCGCUCUUCCCCGCGACGCUCGUCGAGGGCGCGCUCGCCGCGCUCGACCCCCCGCGCCAGCACUACAUGCUCUACUUCUCCACCCCAGGUGCGAAUGCAGACAUGUGGCGCGCCCCACAGGGCCUGAGCGCGUUCCUCCGCGCGUACCUGCACGUCAAGAGCGCGGACUGGGCGCAGAACGACCCGCGCCCGAUCGAGCCGAGCGCGGCGGGGCUGGGGACGCUGCCGCACUACUACGUGAUGCCGCGCGGGGCGACGAUGGCGGAGGUCGCGCAGGCGGUUGCGCCGUCUGCAGAGGAGGCGCAGCGGUGCGCGUGGCUGUCGGACGAGGAGCUCGCGGUGUACGCGCGCGAGUACGGGCGCACGGGCUUCCAGGGCGGCCUGAACCGGUACCGGGCCGUGACGGACGCGGGGCUGGCGGAGGAGCUGGUGGCGUUCGCGGGGCAGACGAUCGACGUGCCGGCGAUGUACGUGGCUGGGCUGAAGGACUGGGGGGCGUACCAGAACCCGGGCGGGAUCGAGAAGAUGCAGGGCGAGGUGUGCACGGACAUGGGCGAGGACGAGAUCAUCCUCGUCCCGGGCGCGGGCCACUGGGUGCAGCAGGAGCGGCCGGAGGAGUUCGUGCGCUACUUGGCGGAGUUCUUGAAGGGCACCCCGGACGCGGUGAUUCGCACCAUGUCUGAUCCAGGUUUCUUCCAGACGCUGCAAGGUAAUACAGCGUAAAGCAAGGGCGGCUGGUGGCAGGCAUGCGAGACACAGAACUGUAUAACACCUCUGGAUUAUCUGGAAUGGAUGGAUGGCUGAUGUAUAUUACAUGCUGUCAAUUGCAGCGAGGAU